AUGGAACAUCGAAUUUUCUUUGCCUUUUUGGCCCUCACCUUGAUCCACCUGCUCCUUGGGGAUCAGAAUCAUUUGGUUGAGGCUGCACCCUCUUCGGAUGAUCUGUCCAAGUUUGGGGAAAUGGAGCGAACCAUCAAGGAGUUGACCAGCUCGAUUAGCCAUGAGUGGAGCCAGUUCGGCUACACUGAGAAAAACAUAGACUAG